AAAUUAAUAUUUAAUUCAAUGGUAUAUUUUUUACAUUAAUAAUAUGUAUUGGGCAGUUAUAGAGAACAACGACAAUUAGAAUAAUUCAGGGAUAUUUUUAGGUUUUCAUACAUAUUUGGCAAAGUUUCUACUAACAAAAUUUUUAGGUUAAGUACUUUUUGAUAAUUUCAAAUAAUUAUUAUACUAUUUUAUUAUGAAAUUGUAAUAGGUAAGCAUCAUGUGUGGUAUUCUUUGUGAGAUUCGACAUUCCAGUCAUACAAUAAUAAAGGAUGAACAGAUUUUGCAACGAAUAAAAAAUAGAGGGCCUGAUUGUUUUAAUGAAACCCAACUUUUAAUAGAUGAAGCAACAAGUAUUUAUUUCUGUGGUUCUGUCUUAUGGAUGCAGGGUCUUAAACCUACUCCACAACCUGUAGAUAAUGAGCGAGGGACUAUGCUGUACAAUGGUGACAUGUUUGACAGAACUUGGAGUAGCAACUUGAGUGAUACAGAAUUUAUAAUGGAAAAACUUAGUAAUAGUAAAUCAACAGAACAAAUAGUAUCAGAAAUAAAGAAGUUAAAGGGUCCAUUUAGUAUAGUUUACUAUGAUAAAGCUUCACAUCACUUGAUUUUCUCAAGGGACAGAAUUGGAAGAAACUCCUUACUUUUUCAUAAUUCUGGCAGUUCUUUUGUUAUAAGUAAUGUUUUAGGCAGAAAAUAUCCUUGCAUUGAAGUGCCAGCUACAUGUAUUUACAGUCUCAACAUCAUUGCAAACAAAAUCAAUUUAUAUCCUUGGGACAACAGUACAGAAAUUUACAAUACAUAUUCUGUGGAAGAUUGGUUGCAAAAUGUUCAAGACCAGCAAAACUUACCCGACAAUGAAUUUGUUAUAAAAUUUGAUACACUAGAUCUAAAUGAUGAGGAAAACCUUAUUGAAGAAAUAGAAAAUAUUUCUAAGAACAGCAAUAACAAACUUUUAAUUAUGAAAAAUCUCUUAGCAAAUACUGUCAUACUAAACACAGUGGCAAAAAUAACAGAGUUAUUAGAAAAAAGUGUAAGAGUUAGACUGGAGACACAACCAAACAAAUGUAAAAAUUGUAUUAAAAAAGAAAACAUAAUAUGCUGUCAUUGUACUACAGGAAUAUUAUUUUCUGGUGGAUUAGAUUGCACAAUUCUUGCAAUUCUAGCAGAUAAAUAUGUGCCUAAAAACCAGCCUAUAGAUCUUAUUAAUGUUGCAUUUAAAAUCAAAGAUAACUCCUCUUAUGAUGUCCCAGAUAGAAUUACAGGAAGACAAUCAUUUGAAGAGCUCAAACUUUUAUGUAAAUCUAGGCAGUGGGUUUUCCGUGAAGUCAAUAUACCCAGAGACAAAUUAGAGCAUUACCAGUCAUUGGUCAUUGGAGAUUUGGUUUAUCCUAGACAUACAAUAUUGGAUGAAAGUCUUGGCUCAGCUUUAUGGUUUGCAGCUGGUGGAGGAUUUGUGGACUCAGAUGUGUCGCCGUGUAGGAUUUUACUCCUUGGUUCAGGGGCAGAUGAACUAUUUGGUGGUUACACGAGACAUAGAAAUGCUUUUAAGCGUAACAGCUGGAUAGGCUUAUCAAAAGAACUGAUGUUGGACUGGAAGCGAAUAUCAUUUAGAAAUCUUGCCAGAGAUAAUAGAGUUAUUUGUGAUCAUAGCAGACAACCAAGAAUGCCAUAUUUAGAUGAGGACCUUGUUAAUUAUGUUAUAAAACUUAAACCCUGGUUAAAAUGCUUUCCAAGCACUCAUUUAGAAAAUGGAAUUGGUGACAAACUGAUAUUAAGACUUGUGGCUCUUUAUAAUGGAUUGAAUCAGGUUGUAUUUCUACCGAAGAGGGCUUUACAAUUUGGAUCAAGAAUUGCCAAUAAUAAGCAAAAAGGCAGUGACGUGUCUUCAACUUUUAUAUGAGCAGUGUUAUUAUUGUAUUUAAAGAUUGUAAAUAAAUUUAUAAAUUAUUUCAUUAAUAAAUUAGUAACUAAA